AUGAAGGAUAACUGUUCGGGCUUAAAACAGAGCAAAAUCCACCUGUGUUACUGUAACUCAGAUAAAUGUUUAUUAAACAGGGGGUUCUGUUUUAGGAGUGACGUGUGCGAAAAUGGACUCCACAGGCAAAGGUGCUGCAGGCCAUGCAUGGUAAAUAUAGCCAACGGACGGUUAAAUGGAGGAGCACUAAAUAAUAAUAUAGAUACUAAAAACAAAUUGAUAGAAAAAACAAAGGAAACUGAGGGAGCCAAACCGAAUACAAGUGAGUCUAAAAAAAAGCUAGAGGAUUACAAAAAUAACAUAAUUGCAAAGAAACCUUGGGUCACUCCGAUCAAAAUAGCAAGCAUGGAUAAACCAGAAGAAAGCUCUACAAAGAAGAAACAGACUAAAAGAGUUAAUAGCUCAGUGAAAGAGAAGGGAAAUAAAUUAAAAGUGGACGGUUCAGUAAAAACGAAAACGGAUAAAAGUUCAAAAAGUGGAACGAAUAAGGUUAAAAAGGAAACGAGAAAGGAGAAUGAGGAAAACCCAAAGAAUUGUGAAGCCGAUAAUGAGAAUAUAUAUGUUUCAUACUCGUUAAAAGGAUAUCUCAGGAUAAAAUCAAAAAAUAAGGUGGAAAUAUGUGACAAAUAUUACACAAGAAGCAGGGAAAUAUGCGAUGUAAGUAAUUGUGUAUGUGCAAAUGAUGAAAGUGACAUAACUGUAGAGGAAACAUCGUGUAAUUGUUGGGAAGAUUGCGGAAUAUUGGAAGAUGAGUACCUAGAAGAACAAGAUGAAUACAACAGCUGCAGAUGUUUGGGUUGA